CAAACAGUAACACAAUACCCGCCAUAUUUACUGCGUGAGUGUGAGUGUGAGUGAGUGUGAGUGUUUCUCUCUGCGAAAUGCUAGUGCGAUUCGAUGCUCGAUGAGAAUGCGAGAGCUAGGGUUUCAGGAACGAAGGCCGUGGAGGCGCGCAGGGUCGCGGCGCGGCGGCGACACCAGCCCUGACUCCGUCAUCUUCACUCUCGAGUCCAACUUGAGCCUCUUCUCCUCCGCCUCCGCCAGCGUCGACCGCUGCUCCUUCGCCUCCGACGCGCACGACCACGACUCUCUAGCCUCCGAAAUCUCGCUGCAUUUGGCGUCGCAGGAGCACGACGCGGAUUUCGCUCAUUGCGGAAACUGGAGCGGUACAGAUCCGGAUCCGGAUCCGGAUCCGCGUAAACGACAACAUGCAGAUGCAGAUGCAGUGCACAGGAAGCAGGAACAAAAUCGUUUCCACGGAAAAAGAGAGAAAGCGAAAGCGAAAGUUCAAAAGGAAGAAGAAGAAGAAGAAGACAGUGACGGUGGUGACACUGAGGACGGAAAUCAACUCUCGGAAUUUGAUUCCGCCAGAAACUCUUUCUCUCUGGCACUCAAAGAAUGUCAGGACCGGAGAUCAAGAUCUGAGGCGUUAUUCAAGAAGCACGAUCGGAGAAGGCCUGCUUCGUUAGAUCUGAACAAUGCUAUUGGCAAUGGCAAUGUUUCUUCGCCUCGUUUGGGAUUGGGAGCAAUGAAGAAGAGCACGCUUUCUUCUCGAAGGUCUGGCUCUGGUAAUUUUCCGAGUCCUGGAACGCCUAAUUAUCUUCAAGCUGGUGUCGCUAUGCAAAAGGGUUGGAGUUCGGAGCGAGUUCCCUUGCAUUCAAGUGCUGCGCGCAAGCAGGUUGGUGCGGCUCUGUUGCCUUUGAACAACGGCCGGACGUUGCCAUCCAAAUGGGAGGACGCUGAGAGGUGGAUUCUCAGUCCCGUUUCCGGUGACGGCACCGGCAGGGCCUCGCUUCCGGCGCCACAGAGGAGGCCCAAGUCAAAGAGUGGGCCGCUUGGCCCCCCUGGUGCUGCUGCUGCUGCUGGGUAUUAUUCCUUUUAUUCCCCUGCGGUGCCUUUGUUUGAAGGUGGGAAUUCAGGGAGCUUUAUGGUGGCUUCUCCAUUUUCUGCUGCUGUUGGUGUCUCAGCUGCUGCUGAUGGGGUAACGGCCAGCACCGGUGGCAGUUGUGGGGUGCCCCCCACCAAAACUGAUCCUUGUAUGGCUCGCUCGGUUAGCGUCCACGGAUGCUCUCAGAUGCAGAGCCAGUCAUCAUUGCCUGCCCAAGGGGAAAAGUUUGAUGGUCUCAAAGAUGCUGGCACCAAUGUAUCUCCUGCCGUUUCAAGGAGGGACAUGGCAACCCAGAUGAGCCCAGAGGGUAGCUCAUGUUCCUCUCCCAAUUUGAGGCCUUCUUUCUCUGCCUCCACUCCACCUGCCCUUUCGAUUACAGAGUUCAAGAGUUUGCCUUUCUCUAAAAUGGAUAUCAGGGAUGUGCCGGUAGAUGAACGUGUAACCAUGACAAGGUGGUCUAAGAAACAUAGGGCCCUAUUCUCUGGCAGAGCCUCAGAAAAUGUUAACAGCUGGAAAAUUAAAGAAACAAGCAGUCGAUCUUCAUCUUGGGACAUUUCUGAAAGGUCAAAGACUGUAUCAGAGGCUAAAAGGGAGGAAGCCAAAAUUACUGCAUGGGAGAACUUGCAAAAGGCAAAGGCUGAGGCAGCAAUACGGAAACUAGAGAUGAAGUUGGAAAAGAAACGAGCAUCAUCUAUGGAUAAGAUUAUGAACAAGCUGAGAUUGGCUCAGAAAAAAGCUCAAGAAAUGAGAAGUUCAGUUGUAGCAAACCAACCUCAUCAAGUUGCCGGAACUCCUCACAAGGCUAUAUUAUUUCGUCGAGCCAGUCAGAUGGGUUCUUUAAGUGGUUGUUUCACUUGUCACGCCUUUUAGGCUUCUCCGACAUUCUUUUCCAUUCAUGUGAAGCUGGGUUUCAGAAUUCAGAAUGAUUUAAAUGUGCUCCAUGUAAAUGAGCGAAAGGUGGAUAAAAGAGAGAGCAGCUUAUGUUGACACUAAAUUGGUGUCAUCGCGGUUUUGCAAUGCGUGAAAUAGCAGCACCUUCUAAAGGUAUCCGAUUAAAUCUAAAGCCCUUUGUGCCCUCACCCUUGGGAGUUUGGAUUCAGUGAUAAAUAAUAUAUGUAUGUAUGUAGGCCAAACUUUAGAAAUAAGCUUUUUUUUUGUAUUUUUUUUCCUCUCCUUGACAGUUUGUUGUUCAAAUGUAAUCUGUUAUCUAUCUAUAGUAGAACGUUAAAUUAACCUCAAA